CGUGUAUGUACUGUCUGUCUAUCUAUGCGUCUCGGCUCGCGUCUGUGAGUAUCUCUGAGGGGUGGGCCGAGUGCCAAGCCGCCAGGGCAGAGAGCGUGGUGGCACUAGAAGUCACUGGCACUAGAAGGCACUCAGCGAACACGCACACGAGCCUGCAUAUAACCGUGCCACGCUCACUCACCGCUCGCCGUCCGCUCAGAGAAGCUCUACGCUCACUCUCUCUGCUCCUGAAAUAGCAGCUUCAACGUGGAUUAUUAUUUACAGCUGACUUCAGUGGUGUUGCCAUGGAAACCGUUGGGAACUUUUCAGAGGAAUUUUGGAACAAGGAGGUCGGAGAUUUCAGUGGCUGGGAGAUCGUCAACCAGCGUAUUAAAGAAAGCAACAAAGUGACUUCGCUCUACGUCGGAUUCCUGAAGCAGGUGUCCUCAGCCAUGGAGGCGUUCGGAAAAUCGCUGCUGAGGGUUACACAUAACUGCACACUUCCUGACACAGAGCAUGGACACCUGAGAACCUCCUUGGAGAGAAUAAGGAAAUCGGUGGAGGUCUGGGGCCAGGACACCGUCGACGCCGCCGCCGCCGUCAACGAGCAGGCUGUCCAAGUGAGCGCCCACGCCACGCAGGCCAAGGAUCUGCGGAAGAAGACGGAUGACGGAGUAAGACUGAAGCAGAGUCAGCUGAAGGACAACCUUAAGAAGCUGCAUCAGGCCAAACGUUAUGCAAAGAUGAAGAUGAAGGACCGCGCCGAGGCCGAGUUCCACCACAGGGCGAUGGCCAACAAAAUCGAAUCCAAACCCCGGGAGCUGGAGAAGGCAGUGCAAGGGAUGCAGCGUGCAAUACAGACACAACAGGAAGCAGAGAGUCAGUUUAGCGAAGCAGUAGUGACCACAAACCAAACUCUUAAGUCUUAUACUGAUACGACCAACCUAUCAUUCACCACCAUGCAGAACAUCGAGGAGGCGAGAGUGAAGCUUUUGAGAGAAUCCCUGUGGGCUGUUGCUAACAUCUGCUCUCUUCUAGCUGUUCAAGUUGAUGAGCAACAAGAGUGCUUGCGAGUGGAUGUGUUAGCUGUGGACGUGCCUCAUGAGCUUUCGUCGUGGGUCCUCAAGCACAGAACUCUGCAGUCGUUCCCUCUCCCCUUGGUCUACGAAGCCACGCCCUACUAUCCUCCCGCGGGGCUAAACACGCCCCUUUCCACGCCCUUUUCUUCGCCUGCGUCCUCCGCGCGCUCCACACUGACGAGGGACGCGAAUGACAGCGAUACUUCCAGCAAUUGCGCCACGCCCACUUCCCUGUACGAAGCCAAAGCCAUGUUCCGAUUCUCUGCAAGGAGCGGCAGUGAGAUCUCCUUGGUCGAGGGGGAUAUUGUCAAAGUCAUGGACGACUCAAACACCGACUGGGUUUUGGUGAGAAAUAAAACUGGGAGUCAAGGUUUUGUGCCAGCCACUUUCGUCAAACCUAUUAACGUAGAUGAAUGAAGCUCUGGGUAAUGGCAGUUUGCUGAGCCGUUGCCACUGGUUUAAAAAGAUAUUCCACUGCCAAUAUCUGACGUACGUGUUGUCCAGCGGUGGUGAGGAGGCUUCAGUACAGAAAAAAAA